CAUGAUAGGAGCCAACCAAUGGCUCCAUCGCGCUCAGAGGCCUCGUGUGAGUGUGUGUGCGUUUCUGAAAAAAAAAGAAAAAGAAGAGAAACGGAGAAAGAAAGAAGUUUAGGGCGCCGUUUGAAGAGAUCUGAACAGGCAGCCAGGGGCACGUUUGAACCAAGGGAUUCCUCAUUGACAAUCUUCAAGGCGAACGUGAUAUCGUGACUUUGGGAUUAUAAACGACUGCUGUAUUAUCAUAGAAAACCAAUGUUCUGGAGUUUUCUGCAAAGGAAUUUUUCAUGGGAUUAAUUCGCAACGGAGAAACUCCAUUCAUGUGCGGAGCGGCGCUUUAAAAAAAGAGAUAUAUUAAGGGAUUUCAAAGUCCGGAAACGACGAGAAUACCAGGCGACUGGCUUCUCACACAUUUGCAUUUGGGUAUUACUUGUAAUGUAGUUCAUGUGUGUCCGGAAUAUUAUCGUAUUGUUUAAUAUUGCAUACAAGUGCUACGAAUGCCGUUUUCCUACGAGGUAGAAAAAAACAAGCGGUUGUCAGUUUCUGUGCUCUCAGGGAAAAUUAUUUAAGUUAAUGCAUUUUGACUUUAAUGUGGCGGUGCAGUUCUGUCACUGUCUUGAACAUUAAUGCAACAUAUAGUAGAUAGUAAUACUAGAUACCUAUCUAAUGUUGCGGUUUGGCCACAGACUUACAGAACUCUGCUGUGCAUUCAUUGCACGGCGUCUAAAAACAUUGAUGUACGUCGACUUACUAUUUGGAAUCCACAUAGAUCUGAACAAGAAUAAAAACAUAGAAAUUUAAACUGUCGUAUGUUCAGGUCGAAACGCUCAGGUCUUGUGCGGCGACUUUGGAGAAGCCGUUUGAUCCCAGGUAGAGAACAGGGCGAUGGAUGUAGCAGAGCCCGGUGCGAGGGGGUUCGGGACAGUAUUAGCUGCAAUAGUCCAGAAAAGGUGCCAAAAACAGAACGCAGAACUGUGGACCAGGAAGGGGCGUUCGUGGAGGACUACGGGGUAGUGCGCGAGAGGAAUCCCACUGGAGGGGGUAGCUCGGAGGUCACGUCGGACCAAGACGAGGGAGCAAUGUGUGUCCUGGAGUAUAACUGUCCCAGAUCCGCGCAGGAGGGCGAAUGCAAAACGGUUACGUGCUGUUUGUUCAAAGACCGGGACUAUUCUCUGCCGGGGAGCCCUGUGGCGAGGGUUAGGAGCAAAGAGUCCGGGUCGUGUCAGCGGAUGACGAGAAGUCUUACGUCCGGGGACUCCGGUGCUGCGGGGUGGCAGGACUCGUCCCCCCCCUCCGCGAUAGAGCAGGACCUCCAGGCCGACACUUACUUGUUUUUGAAGAGACUGAAGGAACAACCGCUGGAUGCCUUGUGGGAAGCCGUGGAGUCUAAAGGGGGGAUGCCGAGCGAUUGCGUCAUGGUGUCGCGGACGGAGCUGCGGCUUGGCGGCCACACAGCGCCCCCGCAGCUCCUGCUCUGCAAGCUUUACCGCUGGCCCGACCUGCAGCACGCAGCCCAGCUCAAACCCCUAUUCAACUGCCAGAGCUUCGGAGUUCUGGACGGCCCCGCGGUCUGUUGCAACCCCUAUCACUACAGUCGACUCUGUGGGCCAGAGUCGCCUCCACCACCCUACUCACGGCUCUCCACCAGUGAGGAACUGAAGCCGAUGGAUCGGUCGGAUUCGAUGCUGUCGUACACUGAAACGGAGGUUACUGCUUCCCUGAAUGGCACACCUGCAGACUCCGGCACGUCUCCGGACGCGGCGAAGCAGACCCACUGGUGCAGCGUUGCAUACUGGGAGCUGCGGUCCCGAGUGGGCCGUCUGUACGCGGUGCACGAGCACUCGGUCAGCAUCUUCUACGACCUACCUCAGGGAACGGGCUUCUGUCUGGGCCAGCUGGGCCUGGAGCAGCGCGGGGGCUGUGCUGGGGACGGGAGCGGGGGCAAGGCCAGGGGCGCGGUCUGCCGCACGCGCAGCAAGAUCGGCUUCGGCAUCCUCCUGAGCAGGGAGCCCGACGGCGUGUGGGCCUACAACCGGAGCCAGCACCCCAUCUUCGUAAGCUCGCCCACCCUGGACCCGCCACGCUGCCGCGGCCUGCCCGUGCUCAAGGUCCCGCCGGGGUACUCCGCCAAGGUGUUCGACCACCACCGCUCCCGACCCCCGAGGAACCCCACCGCCCCCCCGGCCUCCUCCGCCCCCGACCUCGCCCGCGCCGAAGGCCCCUUCGACCCCAACAGCGUCCGGAUAAGCUUCGCCAAGGGCUGGGGCUCCUGCUACUCCCGGCAGUGCAUCACUUCCUGUCCCUGCUGGCUGGAGAUCCUACUCCACCAGAAACAUGACAGACAGCAGCAACUGCAAUAAAGCCUCCUCUGCAAUAACUGCUUUUCUCUCAGCGCAAAAAACGCAAAAAUCCUAUCCCAAAUAAUC